AUGGACAUCAAGGGCGCGAGGCACGGCACCGUGGAGGAGUACGCGAAACAGGUGGGCGCAGAGUACCACGCGGGGAAGCGACCGUGGCACCUGAAGGCGGAUAUUGCGCUGCCGUGCGCGACGCAGAACGAGCUGGAGCUUGAGGACGCAAAGAACCUGAUCCGGAACGGCGUUCUCGCCGUGGUGGAGGGCGCAAACAUGCCGACGACGAUGGAGGCGACGACGGAGCUCAUCAACGCCGGUGUCCUGUUCGCCCCCGGGAAGGCCUCCAACGCCGGCGGGGUCGCCGUCUCUGGCUUGGAGAUGACGCAGGACGCCAUGCGCCUGGGCUGGACGGCGGAGGAGGUGGACAAAAAACUCCACGAAAUCAUGAACUCCAUCCACAGCGCGUGCGUGAAGUACGGCACGGAGGGUGGCAAGACGAAUUACGUGAAUGGCGCCAACAUCGCCGGCUUUGUCAAGGUCGCGGAGGCGAUGAAGGGCCUUGGCGUCGUUUGA